AUGUCAUUGAUGCCAAAGACUCGUUCGACAAACGCAAGGCCAAUACCCGAUGGAACAGAAGUUUUUGUUACCUUUUACGAUAAGCAGGAUGAAGAAUUAUGUACAGUUACGAAUUAUCAUUUAUCACCAACAGCCUAUGAGAAAUCGUUUAAAGAAGCAGGCUUUGCCGAGUUCAAAUGGGUGCCUUUUCAAUGUGAUCCUGAAACGGUCAAUAAAGAAUUUUAUGAUGAUUUGAUUAAAUGA